GGAACUCCCCCUCCCCCAUCUCCCUCUCCAAUUAGCAGAGGCAUUCACUACCAGAAUCACUUAGCCCUGUGCCUGUGCCAGCCCUUGCCAGAUGCAUCAGUCUAGAACCGGCUGCAAGUAACGCUUCGGCUACGGCGUGGAGGGAAAUGUUUCAUUCGGAAUGAUCUGAUUCGGAAAUAGAGCUGCCCCUACUUCUUUCCCCUGCCCUGCCUUAUCCUGCCCUGCAAGGCAAGGCAAGGCAAGGCAGCCUUUACAUCUCUCUCUCCUUCCAGCCCUUAAGAAGCUGAAGGCAGGUGUAAUUAAAGGAGCAAAGUCCCGCGCAGACCUUCGGACUUCAGGUCACGGCUUCUGGAAAUCAGUCCAGAGGCUCAUUUCAGCACCUUGGAGAACUCCUGAAUGUGGGCGCUCUACAUGGCGCCUUAGCGGGCUGGGAGAUGACAGAGAACCCUUUCUACAGCUUGCCCUGAGGAGGGACCCACCCGAUUCCAGCUCUAUGUGGUCGAGCAGACGGAAUUGAAGCACUUUGGACAGAUCUUCCCAUUCUAUCUGGACUGAAGUUGUGGCUUUAGACUCUGAGCAGACUUCCUAGCUCAUACAAGGGAGGCAUGGAGGACGACGAAGAGAGAGAUAUAGACACAUGCAUUUUCUUCUUUCCGUCGGUCCAGGGUGACCUUUAUCAAUAGAAGCAGAUCAGCUUCAGUCUCCAGGAUAGUUUCCUAGUAGGCGACUCUAUGAAAUCUGGGGAGAGGCGACAACCGACAAACUCUACCCUCAUGGCUCUGGGCGAAAUUAUUCCUCCUGAAAUGAGUGUUGCUUAUUUGUUUAAGUUAUAUUCAAAUGCAUGUUUCUGGCUUUUUAAAGAGAACUGCCUCGAAAUCAGAAACGGUAGAAAAAUUUUAGGCACCUAUGAUUAAGAGCCUCCUGCCUGCUACAAGCUGAGACUUGGAGCCUAUCUGAGGACUCUCGACUCCAAUCAGGGGAACUGCCUGCUGAGUGUAGAGCCCUUUAAACUGCUCGGGGUUUCAUGCAUCAUUUUAAAUGUGUACUUUGCCUAGAGUCUACUCCAUUUUCCUCCUAUUACCAUUCCUGAUAGAACCUUCUCUCCUCUCCUCUCUCUCGCCUCCACCUCCCCCAUCUUUCUCCUGUGUUCUGUGGACAUACGUAGCAAGACAGAGCUAGGGUUUGGAGCUCCCUGCAAUUGCCUUGACUUUUGCUUUUUUAGGUUUUUGCUUUUUGUUUUUUUUUUUUUUUUUUUUACUUCUCCCUGGAUUACAAGAUUGGAUGGUGCACCGUUAAGUCCAGAAACCCCGAUGAGCCGCAGUGUUAGGAAGAAUCCUGGUGUGAGUGUGUUUGUACUGUUGUGUGUGUGGGGGUGCAAGAAAAAAACAACUUUGGACCCCCAAAGCCCCCCUUUCCUCCUCAUGCAAGUUUCUUUGGAAGUCGUACGAUGAGGAGUUCUUUUGCAUAUAGCUGAGGGCAAAGCCCAAACAGUACCUGGGGGAGGGGGGCAACGCUGCAACGGGAAGGGAAAAUAAUAUUUGCCCCCAAUAUUCUCUACAAUCAACGAUGGCAAAUGAACCGGUGAUUUUGAAUGUCUAUGAUAUGGUGAGUAUGAAACGGUAGGAGGUUGGGUGCAAUGACAACAUAUAUGCCCCUUGUGAUUGGACACAGCCGGGCUAAUAAGAGGAGCCCAGCGCAGAGUCCGGGAGAGACCGGCUGUCUGUCCGGACUGACAGACACAUAGACCGAUUGACAUGGUGCUUGGCUCCUGCUGCUCCCAUCGCAUCUCCCAGGAAUGGAAGUACUGGAUCAAUGAGUACACUUCUACUCUGGGCAUUGGUGUGUUCCAUUCAGGCAUCGAGAUUUAUGGCCGAGAGUUUGCCUAUGGGGGCCAUCCUUAUCCUUUCAGUGGGAUCUUUGAAAUUACACCUGGAAGUGCAGUGGAACUGGGAGAAACCUUUAAAUUCAAAGAAGCCAUAGCCCUGGGUACCACUGACUUUACAGAAGAAGAUGUGGACAAGAUCUUGGAGGAGCUGGGGAAGGAGUACAAAGGCAAUGCCUACCACCUCAUGCACAAGAACUGCAACCACUUCUCAGACGCCCUGGCAGAGAUCCUGUGUGGUCGGGAGAUACCUCGGUGGGUGAAUCGCCUGGCCUACUUCAGCUCAUGCAUCCCUUUUCUCCAGAGCUGUCUCCCCAAGGAAUGGCUAACCCCAGCAGCCCUGCAGACCCACAUAGGCCUUGGUCUACGUAAAGAAGACUCGGGCACGGCAGUGGACGAGGAGAUGCCCUCCACCUCAGGCACCUCGAGGACCUGCAAACACACCCGCGUCUGAGCUGGGCCCUGCCACCCUCCUCCUCCCCUUCUUUUAGCCUCCUCUUCUACCCAUGACUUCUUCUAUCCCUUCUUAUUCUUCUUUUCCCUUUCCUGUUCUCCUCCCAGGAGGCUGGGGUUUUCUUUGCCUCUAUUGCUCUGACAAGAAACUGAACCAUCUCACUGUUCCUUUGGGCCACUGAAACCUCCACGACACUAAUGCAGUGACAAAAUCACAUGUGGAUGAAUGGGGAAGGGCUCCCUCCAAAUUGUUAGACUUUGGAGGACUGAGGUAUCUUUGAAGUCUCUCUACUUCAGAAGAAUUGUUUUUAUUCUAUAGUGAGCCUGGACAAUCUCCUCCCUCCUUGACACAGCUUUACUGUCCCCUAAGCCCCUUGUUUUCAAAGGAGAGAAGAGGAGCUAUUUGGGGCAAUGUUUCCAUCAGACCAGCAACAACAGCCCUUCCCUCUAAGUAUUCUCCCAUUUGGGGGAAUCAAGGAUUUUCUGAGGCAUUUGGAUAACAGGGUGACACUCUCCAGAGUUCCCACUGGAGGAUGUAUGUAUGUAUGUGUAUGUUUUGGGUGGUAUUUUAUAUUCAAAAAUCAUAGGACUUCACAAAGACAGCAGAAAGAGGUUUAUUUUGUGGAUGGAGCAGUAGAAUUAGGAAAGGGUAGGAGGAGGGUUAAGCAUAUGAAUGAAAUAGGUUGAGAAACCUGUUUAAAAAAAUGAGACAAU